AUGACGCCGCCGCCGCCGUCCCGUGAAAAGCGCGCUGAAAUUUCGUUCCCGGGGUGUAUUUCGCGCGACUUGCGCUCUCAACAGGAGGGCUUGGUCAAAAUACUGGAGGGCUUGGUCAAAAUACCUAGAACCCGAUCCAGUUUUCCCCAUCGAGAUACUCCUCCCACUCCCCCGUCCAGCGCCGCCACCUCCCCCGUCCCGACCGUCCAGUUCCGAUCGGCCGCCCCCCCUAGCCGUCGAGCGCCGCCCACAUCGCCGUCGAGCGCCACCCCCCUCUCCGUCGAGCGCCACCCCAACUCGCCGGCGACGUCCAGAUCCGCCUCCCUGGCCGGCGAUUUCCAGAUCCGCCUCCCUCCCUGUGCAGAGUGGCUCAUGAUCAUUUAUUCAGACCAAAAGCGUGUUGAUCUGUCUUUUUGGAGGUCAAGUAACUAUGGAUCUAUCUUUUUGGAGGUCAAGUAACUAUGGAAGGAUGACCAUGGGGAGGGAUUGCUCCUUGUAAGCAGGAAGG